AUGACUGGCCCUGUGUUUGCGCCAACUUUCAUGCCGUCUAAUAGUACUGCCUUCACGAAUGCACCUACGCUGCUUCCCCCUGGACCUUUCUCGGGUUCAAGCCCCCUUCCAACCCACCUAUUCCCAUAUUUUGCUUCCCCAAAUGGAACCCUCUUCGCGCAGACCCCUCCAGGAACCUUUCCGUCCGUCUCAUUUAAUGCAAACGGCUCCAUGUUUGUUACACAGCCUCAGGCCCUAGUGUCUGGAAACUCCGUCAACUUUCCCCAGUUCAAUCCUGGUGGUAUGCCGGGGGUUAGCACCAAUUCUUUGUUCUCUGGUCCGCCAACGGCGACCGUUGUCCUGGCUACCCCCAUGAGUAGUGAAAUGGGUAACACUUCUGUGGCUCCGUCAUUUCUAAAUUCGCCAUGUUUCACUGCCUGUGGAACAAACGUAACUCCAAUUUACACAGAUGUGCUCUCCGCCUCGAUGUCAACAUCGUCUUCCGGUAUCCCAAUGGCUAGCAUGAGUGGUUUAACUAGUUCAAUGUUGACGAUGCCCUCAACAACGAUGGUUUAUUCCUCCCUUCCCUUGGCAAGUGUUUCGUCUGCGUCUAACUUGGUAACUUGUCCGAGGAUUCUGACUUCGUCUGAGUCCUCAGGGCCCAUAGCCCUUAAAAGCAAGUUAGAACUACAGGGAGCCAAGAGUACAACUUCGGCUGCAAAUUCUGUGAAUUCCAAUUUGUUGGCUCUCGAAUCUGCGGAAUUUCAUCGUGGUUUCAUUUUGGAGGCCAUCGACAAACUGAGGGAAAGAAAGGCGAGACCGGACUUUGAGCGCAUCUCCUGCCUCCUCAAACGUCAACACAGCAUACCCCCAACGGAGACACAGCUGUGCUUGGGCCGCCUUGCCGAGACCGGUGCUGUAGUAUGUGUGGACUACAAAGGUAACCUUAGCUACAGGAAUCCAUCCAAAUGGCGAAAAACGGCAAUCUCGGGCCUGGGCAUGAUGAACCCACCCAGCGUCAGUCGUCGAAUCCUUGAUGCCAUGCGCUUUCUACUGAGCUCCACCGCCCCUAAAGGACCAGAUGAGAGCUUUCCUCAGUCUCCCGUGGGUUUUACCUCGCUUCAGAUUGAACGUGCUCUUCAACAGAGAACCGCCUCUAAUUUGUUGCCCACCUCCUCUGCAUCUUCCAGUGGGAUUGAAUCUGGUCCCCAAUCAUCAGCUUCUUCCUCCUCCUCAUCGUCCUCAUCCUCAAAGGCGCCAACUGAGGGCACUGCCGUCACCACAACCACCAGCACCACAGCACCCCCUCUUUGCAGCGAAUUGACGGGCACAAACUUGCGUAUUAGCCUUGAACGUGAGGCCACUUACGGCAAGCUCGCCAGACUGCCAAACGGACAGUAUGUAUUAGAUGAGACCGGCGAACGCAAGAAGAGUAUGGGUGUUGGACCCGGCUACCCACUCUCGUCCAUAAACUUCCUCAACAAGAGACCUCUACCACCAAAGGGUUCUCUUCUCUAUCCCGGCGGCGGAAACAAGGUCGGACCCAUGCCACCUCCGUUUGUCAAACCUGCCAUCGCUCCGGCCCUGGAUACGAGUGGGAAGUCUCCACUCCACAAACCAACCAACGUAGUGUCCAUUGCUCCAAACGGCAGAGGCAUAGUCCUUCGUCGUCCACCGAAUCUGGGCAAGCGCGGCAGACCACCAGGAGGCAAAGUUCGAAAGAUUCUUUCUGCAGCUGCUGUCACUAAUUCCGCCAGCACCGCCUCUGUCAAACCUGCCAUCCUUCCCGCUUCCUCUGAACCAAGCGCCUGCAUUGAAAAGGUAAGUCUGCUUACUUGUUUUCUUUCUGUGUGCUUUCUCUCUCUCUCUCCCCUCUCUCACUCUCUGUCAGGCACAGACAGACAAACACGGACCAGAUUGGUUCAACUGUUGCGUUUCUGUAGGCUUUUUGUGUGA